GCCUAAUUUCCGCUCAGCAAGACACAUCCGGCAUGGUACGUGUGGAGUUCAGAAUUUAGCUAAAUGAUAAGAUCUUCACCAAGGAGGUAAACAGAUUUUUUGCAGACAUACAAACCAACAUCCAAUCCAACUGCUUUUUGGAUUAAGCCAGAUUUCACCAGUUUCAAGUAUAUAGUGAUAUGUAAAGAUGGAAACAAAGAAAGUGAAGUGGACAGCCAUUGUCAUUACAAGUCCUAAUAAAGAGUGGUCACAUACCUUACAAAGAGAGUUGGAGUUACGUCAGGCUAAAGGCUACAUAGAUAAAGAAGCAUUUCUAUUGGCUGUAGAAGAUCCAAAAGCUUAUGUUGGAAGUGGUGGGGCAACAAUCAAUGCACUCCUUACUGUCACAGAGUAUAUAAGUGCACAGAAAGGAUAUUCUGUUCUAACAACAGAAGUUUUACGUGAUUCCAACAUACUAAUCUUACAUAAUGGACGGACAUACGCAUAUGAUGCUUGUGGGCGACCAUUUACAACAUUACCAGUGAAACUGAGCAUUCAAGACCCUGAUGGCUUGACUUGUAUGAUUGAUGUGUUGGUCAAACUUAUAACAGAAAAGAUAGCAGUGAAGGCUUCACCAGGUGUUUGGGUCAGCAGUACAGACAUGAUUCUAACAGUACCAUAUAAUGCAGAAAUACCAUGGGAAGAGUGUAAUGUUUGUGCUAUAACUGUGCCAUCUACACCAGGGUAUUGCCGUCAUCAUGGAGUGUAUAAACUCAAUGAUCAGGGUUUUGUAGAAGAUAUUCUAUAUAAAGAGACUAUAAAGAAUCUUGAUGUUUGUGAAAGAAAAGAUGGGACAGUUCCUAUGGUGUGUGCUAUGGUAUAUUUCUCUGCAGAAGUAUCAGAGACAUUGCUGUCAUUCUGCAUUAAACCACCUCUAGAUGCCUGUACAUACAUGGGUGUUGAUAGUGGUGUUUCUCCUAUCAAGCUUUCUUUAUUUUUUGAUGUAAUGCUGCCAAUGUGUUCAGGAGUAAAUGCACGAGAUUUCCGUUCAGGUGCACGAAGUGGUAGCUAUGGUAAAGAUGUUGCUGUGGGUGAUAUAAAGACAAUGAGACAAGCUAGGACAAUACUGUGGGAUGAUCUACAUAAAUAUAAGAUCAAAGCUUGUAUGAUAGAAGAUGGAACCUGUAUCUUUCCUCAUACAAUACAAGAACACAAGAAAAACAUUCAGGAUAGAUUUAUGGAGCAGUGUUUUCCUGAGGGAACUUUUAGAUGGCAAAACUGGACACAUUCUCAUAUACAGAAUACAGAUCAAGUUGAUGAAUCUACUACAGUGAUAAAUAGUGUUGUAGGAGAGAAUGUUAUAGUUGGUCCCAAGUGUAUCAUUACACACUGUAAUUUACAAGGUCAUGUAACCAUAGGUAAAGAUUCCUUCAUAUCUGGCCUCGUCACAGAUCCACAGUCAACAGAGAGGUUAUCAUUUGCUGACUCUAUUAUUGUACAGUGUAAUACCAUCUUUGUCCCAAUGCUGGGAAAAUCUAUCCACGUUACUACAACACAUGGCCGCUUUGACAACAUAGAGGUAAGUUUAAGGAGAGAUACCUGUCUAAUUUUAGUAAAACGUUUAGUUUCAAGUUCUAUGGGAAGAAUGUUUCAAGAACCUGACUACAGAGAAAACCUAUCAUUGGCACUAUCAGAGGUUUUAGAUGACAUUGGUGUCAAUGAAAGAAUGGUGAUGAGAAGGAGAAGACAUUUAAUGCUGAGAGAAACUAUGGGUAAUAUCAUGUUCAGGUUAACUGAUAUAAACGUGACUAAUUAUCAUCUAGGGAGUCAGAGUGAAGGUACAACUACUAGAGGACUUCAUUCAGACAUUGAUAUACUAGUCUGUUUGCAUAGGUACAAUAUAAUACAAGACUGGUCACAGUGGGAACAUGGCAAGUUUAACUACCUCAUGAUACAGGAUGAGAACACUACUCCCGGGUAUUGUUUCUUACAACUGCUCCAUCCUUAUGCUCCAUAUCUUCCUGUCACUGUCAUUCCUGAUGAACACCAUAUAAAUGAUAGAAGUGGAAGAAUAUUAUUAAAAAACACAAGGUAUAAUGGUUUAAUUCCGGGUGCUAUAGAUCAUGGACCAUCAAAUGCUUUACAAGGACAGCAUGGAUACUAUGAUAUGGACAGUGUGAUAGCUUUUCAUUGUAAAUCAUGGCCUCAAUCAGCAUCAAGUUGGUUAGAUAGACAAGGUAUUGGUAGAUGGCCAACACAAGAGAUGAAAAGAUAUGCAGUCAGAACUGGGUGUUUUGUUGUUGCAACUGGAAGUAAGGUCAGUGAAUAUCCUGAACUUGAAUGGAGAAUAUCUACAUCCCUGACAGAAAGAUUAGAACAGGCUGCAUUCAAGUUUCUAGCACCUUUUCUUUUUACCACAUAUGGAUCUAUCCUGGCAUCAUCCAGCAUUGGUGAAAAUAAUCAAGUGUCACCUCAAGCAUUGGUUUGGUUAUUAGAUGGAUUAAACUCAGAUAUCUGGAAUAGCAGACUUAAAUUGGCUUCAGUGUUCUACAGUACAGGAGAUAUGGAGAAAGCUGAACUAAUACUGACACACACUGAACAACAAUAUUACUCUUAUCCUGUUUUUCCUAUCUGUAGAUGCGAGGAUAUGCCUCCACCAGCAGUAACAGCAGAAUUCAAGAGGGUAUGUGGUGAACAAAGUGAGGACUAUGACAUGAUACACAGAGAUGAGGAUGAAGACUAUUGGAUGGACUGGGCUGUAGUUGAUUCUCUACCUUUCCUAUACUUCCUGCAAUACAAGAUCUACAGUCAUCUACAAAGACAUGAAGAUAAACAACAAGCACUAAGUAAACUUAUAAGAACCAUAGAAACUGAUAAAAACCUCAGACAUAGAGAAACAGCUCUCAACAUUUUAGGACAAUGUAUGGAACAAGAAAACAGACCUCAACAGGCAUUAAAUUACUACCUGCUUUCUCUUCAACAAAGGCAAAGAAACAAUGAAGCAGAUGAUCAGAACAUAUUUACAGCUCAAUUAUUUCCUGUGUUUCAUGCCAAGGACACUGUAGGGUUACAGGAGAUAUUGUGGUUACAGGGAGCUGUCACUGAUAAUGAUGAUAGAGAUAUUCUCCGCAGAUGGAGAAGUUCAUGGCGUCUGAGUAUGAAGGACAUUCAUUCAUUAACAGAUCUGAAAGGAGAGCUGGAAUCUAGAAAGUUGUUGUUUUAUACAGUAGGUCAGCAUGAUAUUACAAAGGCAUUGCUACAACAGGAGAAUAAAGGUUUCCGUGUACUAUAUAACAGUGCUGUCAUUGAUGGAUAUACACAGUUACUACUUAAUACACUCGACACAGUUGGUGAAGGCAGUGACAGUGAGCUUCAAGCUGGUAUGGCUGCCAGGACUCUCGCCAACAUUGCUGAUGUCCUAGGUUGUAUGGCAGGACCCAAAGGUGGACUUAGAAGUGGUCCGGCUGCUAAUACAGCUUGGGCAAAAGCCUUUCAGCUGCUUGAGAAAAGGAAUAUCAAAGGGGGUAUAGAGGCCCUUGCUAAAGAACGGAGUAAGUGGCUGGACAGACCUGACACCCUGAUCCGUGCAGCGCGGCACUACGAGGGGGCAGCCCAGAUACUUAUAAGACAUGCAGUGAUGACAGCCAAACAGUUUUUCAAGUUACAAGAUGAGACCCCUGUAAGUCAUGGAAGCUGGGUGCUUGCUGAGUGUCCAGCUAGAAUAGAUAUAGCAGGUGGGUGGUCAGAUACCCCACCUAUAACAUAUGAACAUGGCGGGGCUGUGACCACUGUCGGGCUUCUUAUUGAGGGAAAGAGACCAAUAGGGGCAAAGACGAGAAGAAUUGAUGAGCCAAAUCUGGUGCUAGUUUUACACGGUUCAUCUGAACAGAAACAAGUAGUGUGUAAAGAAAUAUCUGAUCUAGCUGAUUAUUAUAACCCACAUACACCAGGUGCUCUAUUGAAAGCAGCAUUUGUGUGUGCAGAAAUUAUUGACCUGAAAUCCAGUCAGACAUUGAAGGAGCAGUUAGAAACCAAGUAUCAGGGUGGCUUUGAGUUACACAGCUGGACAAACCUGCCACAUGGCUCAGGUUUAGGUACAAGCAGUAUUCUAGCUGGUGUUGUCAUGGCAUCAUUACUGAAGGCUGCUGGGAAAUCAUGUGACACCACCUCUCUCCUUCAUGCUGUUUUAUACCUGGAACAGCUGUUGACAACAGGUGGAGGCUGGCAGGACCAGAUAGGGGGUCUUACUGGUGGUGUUAAACUAGGACUGUCAGAGGCCAAGCUGCCAUUAUUUGUGGAAGUUGUAGAUCUCAAGAUAAAACCUGAGAUCAUUCAGGCAUUUAAUGAAAGAAUUGUGUUGAUUUACACAGGAAAGACAAGGCUGGCGAGGAACUUACUCCAGGAUGUUUUAAGAAAUUGGUAUGCAAGGAAUCCCCAGAUUGUUGAAACAGAAGAUAAAUUGGUUCAACUAGCGAAGGAUUGUGCUAAAUUUUUUCAAGAAGGUGCUUUGGAGAAAGUGGGUGAAUGUAUGGACAAGUACUGGCAGAUGAAGAAGACAAUGGCGCCUGGAUGUGAACCAGAAUUUGUCUCUAAGAUCAUGUCAGCUGUACGCCCUCAUGCCCUCGGUAUGUGUAUGGCAGGAGCCGGUGGAGGGGGUUUCAUGUACGUGCUCGCACGAGACCAUGAGAGUCAGAAGAACAUCAGAAAUUUAAUAGACAGCAUGGAGAGUAGUGAUGGAACGAAGGUAUAUGAUACAUGUAUAGAUGAAGAGGGACUCAAUAUAACUGUGAUCGAGGAGGACGACGGCUCACUUACUGUGUCCGAGGUCGACGAGGAUAUGCAUGACUACUAUAAUCAACCUGAAACUCUGUUAGAAGAUAUACCGGAAACCACAGAACCUGUGCCGGUUGUGGUCGGCAUUCCCCUCAUUGACGCUGAUGGCAUAUCCAUGGCAACAGGUGGCGCUCCACUUGGAGCAACAGAGGAGAUAAGUGAUGCUAAAGUGCCGGAGGUAUCCGGUAUAACUGGAUCAGGUGACGGUGAUGGUGUAACCAUGACAACUGAUGAUGUGACAGCAUCAGGGACAAGCGAAUUACCAACUGCGGGACUUUCAGCUAAUACUCUAGCUGCAUUAGAUAAAGCCAAAGAUAUGCAGAAACAAUUAGAUGAAUUCUUCAAACAAGGUCGAGAGCAAAAAUGUCAAGAAGAAACAGUUGAAGAUGAAAGUUCAUGAGAAUUUUUUAUGGAUGAUAUUAUUAAACACCAUAUCU